AUGAAACUGAAUGAAUUUUUGGAGGAGCAAUAUUGUAAAUUUCCUGAUGACAGAGCUUACAUCACCAAUCCUUCCUCAACAUACAUCCUCAAUCCUCCCUCAACAUACAUCCUCAAACCUCCCUCAACAUACAUCCUCAAACCUCCCUCAGCUUACAUCACCAAUCCUCCUUCAACAUACAUCCUCAAACCUCCCUCAGCUUACAUCCUCAAGCCUUCCUCAACUAACAUCUUCAAGCCUCCCUCAACUUACAUCCUCAAGCAUCACUCAACAUACAUACUCAAGCCCCCUUCAACUUACAUCAUCAAACCUCCCUCAACUUACAUCCUCAAGCCUCCCUCAACAUACAUCCUCAAUCAUCACUCAACAUACAUAUUCAAGCCUCCCUCAACAUACAUCCUCAAGCCUCCCUCAACUUACAUCCUCAGGCAUCCCUCAACGAGACAGAAGCAAAUACCUCGCAGAUCUUUAAGAUGUGUACGAAGACCCAAGCUCGAAAACUGUGAGAAUACACAUGUAGUUAUAACAAUUACCAUGGAUUCACUUUGUAAAUUAACAUUUCCUAAAAACUGA